GGUCGAAGCCUUCUGAGGGGUGCAGAAGGCUCUGUAACGUGAAUGUUUUCCCAUCUCCAAUUAUCAGAAAGGGCCAAAUCUCAUAUUUUCUUCACUGUAUUUGUAUAUUUCCAAGCUGAAAAAGGAUGGCGUCGGUCGUAUUGUCAAAAGUCAAGAGGAUGAACCAAAAGUACGAGCUGAAUCUAGGUCUGUACGUGCUCGAGCCGUGGGAAAAGUAUGUUGUCAACACAUUCGUCAUGGUGUGCGUGUUUUUUGUCGUCAGCAUGCUGGCGCGCAUAGCGUGAUGGCUCUAAGUCGCUUAUUUUUAGUCUAUUGUAUCAACAAGCAUAUCA